CUCGAGCCGGGGGUGGGUGGGGGGAUCCGCGCAGGUCGGGGUGCCGCUGCCCCGCGCCGCGAUGAGCAGCUCGCGCAACAACCGCGUGAUGGUGGAGGGGGUGGGGGCGCGCGUGGUGCGCGGCCCCGACUGGAAGUGGGGGAAGCAGGACGGCGGCGAGGGCCACGCGGGCACCGUGCGCAGCUUCGAGAGCCCCGAGGAGGUGGUGGUGGUGUGGGACAACGGCACGGCCGCCAACUACCGCUGCUCUGGGGCCUACGACCUGCGCGUCCUCGACAGCGCGCCCACCGGAAUCAAGCAUGAUGGAACUAUGUGUGAUACUUGUCGCCAACAGCCAAUCAUUGGGAUUCGAUGGAAAUGUGCAGAAUGUACAAAUUAUGACUUGUGCACAGUCUGUUAUCAUGGGGACAAACAUCAUUUGAGACAUCGUUUUUACAGAAUAACCACACCAGGAAGUGAAAGGGUACUAUUAGAGUCUCGUCGUAAAUCAAAAAAAAUCACAGCAAGAGGAAUCUUUGCAGGUGCCAGGGUUGUACGUGGAGUUGAUUGGCAGUGGGAAGAUCAAGAUGGUGGCAAUGGACGUAGGGGGAAGGUAACUGAAAUCCAGGACUGGAGUGCAUCAAGCCCCCACAGUGCAGCAUAUGUUCUUUGGGACAAUGGAGCUAAAAACCUUUACAGGGUUGGCUUUGAGGGCAUGUCUGAUCUGAAAUGUGUCCAAGAUGCCAAGGGAGGCUCUUUCUACAGGGACCACUGCCCCGUGUUAGGUGAGCAAAAUGGUAACAGGAAUCCUGGUGGGUUGCAGAUUGGUGAUCUAGUUAACAUUGACCUUGAUUUAGAAAUUGUACAGUCUUUGCAACAUGGUCAUGGGGGAUGGACCGAUGGCAUGUUUGAGACCUUAACCACCACUGGCACAGUUUGUGGCAUUGAUGAGGAUCAUGACAUUGUAGUACAGUAUCCAAGUGGCAACAGAUGGACAUUUAAUCCAGCUGUUCUCACUAAAGCCAAUGUCGUCCGGAGUGGAGAUGCUGCUCAAGGUGCAGAGGGAGGUACCUCACAGUUUCAAGUGGGUGAUCUUGUUCAAGUUUGUUAUGAUUUAGAAAGAAUCAAGCUGCUUCAAAGAGGUCAUGGAGAAUGGGCUGAAGCAAUGCUUCCUACUUUGGGCAAAGUUGGUCGGGUUCAGCAGAUUUAUUCAGACAGUGACUUAAAGGUAGAAGUUUGCGGGACAUCUUGGACCUACAAUCCAGCAGCUGUCUCCAAAGUGGCAUCAGCGGGGUCUGCAAUAAGCAAUGCAUCUGGUGAGAGAUUGUCCCAGCUGUUGAAGAAGCUGUUUGAAACCCAAGAAUCUGGAGAUCUCAAUGAAGAAUUGGUUAAAGCUGCUGCUAAUGGAGAUGUAGCAAAAGUGGAAGAUCUGCUAAAGAGACCGGAUGUGGAUGUGAAUGGACAGUGUGCUGGACACACAGCUAUGCAAGCAGCUAGUCAAAAUGGACAUGUCGACAUUUUAAAAUUGCUUCUGAAACAGAAUGUAGAUGUGGAAGCAGAGGACAAAGAUGGAGACAGAGCUGUUCACCAUGCAGCAUUUGGAGAUGAAGGUGCUGUGAUUGAGGUUUUGCACAGAGGCAGUGCAGAUCUGAAUGCUCGAAACAAGCGCAGACAGACUCCGCUCCACAUUGCUGUUAAUAAAGGUCAUCUGCAAGUUGUGAAGACUUUACUGGACUUCGGCUGCCACCCUAGUCUACAGGAUUCUGAAGGGGAUACUCCACUCCAUGAUGCUAUAAGUAAAAAGCGUGAUGACAUCCUGGCUGUACUGUUGGAGGCUGGAGCAGAUGUAACUAUUACAAACAACAAUGGAUUUAAUGCUCUCCAUCAUGCUGCACUAAGGGGAAAUCCCAGUGCAAUGCGUGUGUUGCUGUCCAAAUUGCCACGACCAUGGAUUGUAGAUGAAAAGAAAGAUGAUGGUUACACUGCCUUACAUCUGGCAGCACUAAAUAAUCAUGUAGAAGUGGCUGAACUUUUGGUACAUCAGGGCAAUGCUAAUCUGGAUAUCCAGAAUGUGAACCAGCAAACUGCACUGCAUCUUGCCGUUGAACGACAACAUACGCAAAUAGUUAGGCUUUUAGUCCGUGCAGGUGCUAAACUGGAUAUUCAGGAUAAAGAUGGGGAUACUCCCUUGCAUGAAGCCCUGAGACAUCAUACUCUGUCACAGCUUCGCCAGCUCCAAGACAUGCAAGAUGUGGGCAAGGUAGAUACUGCUUGGGAGCCAUCAAAGAACACAUUAAUAAUGGGACUUGGCACACAGGGAGGAGAGAAGAAGAGCGCAGCAUCUAUUGCCUGUUUCCUGGCAGCCAAUGGAGCUGAUCUCAGUAUUCGUAACAAGAAGGGACAGUCUCCUCUUGAUCUCUGUCCUGAUCCUAGCCUCUGCAAAGCACUGGCUAAAUGUCACAAAGAAAAAGUCAGUGGUCAGGUUGGCUCCCGAAGUCCUUCUAUGAUCAGCAAUGACUCAGAAACGUUAGAAGAAUGUAUGGUAUGUUCAGAUAUGAAGAGAGACACUUUAUUUGGCCCAUGUGGACACAUUGCCACCUGUUCUCUGUGUUCCCCAAGGGUCAAGAAAUGCCUCAUCUGUAAAGAACAAGUUCAGUCCAGAACAAAGAUUGAAGAAUGUGUAGUCUGUUCAGACAAAAAGGCAGCAGUACUCUUCCAACCUUGUGGUCACAUGUGUGCUUGUGAGAACUGUGCAAGCCUGAUGAAGAAGUGUGUUCAGUGUCGUGCAGUGGUUGAGAGGAGAGUGCCUUUCAUUAUGUGCUGCGGUGGGAAAGGUACAGAAGAUACCACUGAUGAUAUUUCGAGUGGAAACAUUCCAGUUUUACAGAAAGACAAGGACAACACCAAUGUUAAUGCAGAUGUACAGAAGCUUCAACAACAGUUACAAGAUAUCAAAGAACAGACCAUGUGCCCUGUGUGUUUGGAUCGUCUGAAGAACAUGAUUUUCCUCUGUGGUCAUGGAACGUGUCAGCUUUGUGGAGACCGAAUGAGUGAAUGCCCUAUAUGCCGCAAGGCUAUUGAACGAAGAAUCCUUUUGUAUUGAGUAAUAAAACAAGUGUCCUCUGUUAGUUUCUUCAGUUCUUAGUAUGUUUUGCUCGUCAAAUCUCCGUAAGCUUUGAAAGGCUGUUGAAGGUUCUAACAAAUAUACAUUUCUUAUAAAGCAGCAUGUGUAAUUGCUUAAAGACUGUGAAUGCACCAAAAAGACUUUGGUGUAUUCUUUUGCACCAAACAGUAUUUGAACAGUUAGCUGGUAGUUGUACUGUUAGGAGACACUUAAGCUUAGGCUAACCUAAUAAAGCAGUCUUUUCCCCCUUAAAGUUCCAAGUGUUAAGGGACAAUCUUGAUUUCUGUUUUUGUAUCUUUAAAAUGUUCUAUUUAUGUGUAAACUCUGUCUGCCAGCAAGUGAUGUACUUUUUAUACUGUCACUUGCUUUCAAAUAUAGAUUUUUAGUUUUCACAUCUUCAGUGUAUGCUCAGUUGUCAAAUGACCUCAGUAAUUUUGUCUUGAAAGGUACAGUAGUGCAAAAUCAGCACAAAGUAUUCAAAGUAAUACUCAAUACCAUACAGUUCCUAUAAGAUUGGGCAUUAGACAAUAACCCCAUGAUAACUUUUUAAUGUGCCUUGUUCAGCUAUAUGUGGAUUCAGAUUAAGGUCUAGAAUUAAUAAAAGGAAGUAAAUUUACAAAGGUUGUGUUCCCAACAUUAUACUUCAGUUUUACAGGAUCAAGUUAAAGUAGAAAUUUUAAUCCAUUUAGCAAAAUAAUUAAUAUGUAAAAUUAUUUUUCAAAUAUCCUGAAAAGAAGAGCAAUCACACCAUUAGUCAUUUUAUUAGUUUUACACCUUAAAAUAGAAAUGUUUAAAAUAUAGCCGCUAUGGCCACUGAACAAUUUUGGGUCUUAUGAUUUUAAGAAUCUGGGUGAUACAGUUUUAUCUUUGGUUCUGUUGAAAAAUUCUAAAUGUGUUUUAAAGUCUUUUCUGUUGCAGAUUUUGUAUUCCUUAAACAAAAUAAUGGAUGUUUGCUCUAUUAAGUCAGCCUUCAAAAAAUUGUCUCUAGGCAACAGUAGCAGCUGUACUGUACUGUACAGCAGCAAAGGAGAUGAAUUUUAUGUCUGUUCAUCUCAGUCAGGUAUUAACUUCAGAACCCAGUUGGGACCAUUUAGUAGCUAAUAUUGUUAAGUUGGUGUUGACAGGUCUUUGGGUUUUAGGAAACAUGGCUAGAAGGAUUGAAACUGGUUGUGGGAGUUAACUAUGAUUUAAGUGGCACUUAAAAAUCUGCUUGGUUCUUCGGAUACUACUGCCGGUAAUGCCUAAACACAGAGAGCUGCUCAGUAACAGUUGUGUUCUCCUGGAGAAUGGGACCACAAGUCAAAUUUCAGAAAUGGAGUUAAAUUCAGAAUUUGUGCAGCUAGUCGUGGCAAAUAUUUACUCCAAAGCACUUCAACAGUUGCUCUUACUGACUGAGCAAUAUGCAAUCAGUCCAUCUAGACCAGUGGUUCUCAACCUUUUUAGACUCAAAGCACCCCUUUCUCUCUCUUUUGACUACAGAAUUCUUUUGCUGCAAAGAAUUCAGAAAGACCACAGCAGGUCUCAAUGCAUUUUUAAUACUGUGGAUUCCUAUUUGAAAUCUCUGGGUUUACCUUAUGAAUCAUUUUUGCACACCUAACAUUGCAUGGCACCCUUGACAGCAUCUUGUGACACCCUGCUUGAGAAUUACUAACCUAGAUGGUGAUAGGAAACGCUAGUGGUUUCUUGGAAAAUCAUGUGAUGAAAGACGAUAGCAAAAUUUCCCUCCAGCUUCUUUCUCAAUUUUAUACUCUUUUCAGUAGUUUUGCAAUGAAUAUCAAAAUCUUACUUUAAUCCAAAUCAGUAUUCAGUUUUCUGAUGUUAAGUCACUUCUUCCUAUGUGUUGCUAUAAUACAUAGAUUAUUUCUGGUCGGAUGAAAUAGUUCUCUCACGCUUGCUUCUUUUAGACCCUUUACUGUAAAAAGUUUCUCAUAAUUUCUAUAAGAAACAAUGUUUUGGUGACCAUUUUGUCUCAAAACUGAUUCCGAUUGCUUUAGCAGCAAAGAUUGGAAUUUGCUGCCCUGGCUAGAUAUAGGAUUUCUCAAAUUUGAGAGAAAUUUUAUUCUGUGCUCUUGAAUACCUACAGAAUCUCUGAUGCAAGGUAUUUUCCAAUUCUUAGGAAAAUGAUUUCAUAGUUCCUAGUGCUUUAUCUUCUUGUUAUUUGGCCUGAUUCUGUGACUUGUAAUCUACAGCAUUUCCCCUCAUGAUAGGAAAACUCUUUCCUUAUCCUUCCACCUUAAUAGACACAUUUUUUGAGCACUGGAUCCUUAUUUUUCAGAAAGUUUCCAUUAAAUCAGUAUAAAGACUGUCCGUUUAUCACUGCUUGGGAAAUGCAGAUCAAACUUGACACCCCCUGCCAAUUAUAUUCAUUUGGUUAAUUUCUAUGCCAUAACAACUGAUAUUUUCCUAAAACUUAAGCCUUGAAACAAGCCAAUAUUAUGACCAUUAUUUUUCAUGCAGUUUUCCACAUGAGUAAAACUCUGGGUGAAAUCUUAUCCCCUAUAGAAUUCAGUGAGUGCUUGUUCCUUCCUUGAAGUCAGUGAGUAUUUUGGCUUCAGUAGCAUCAGGAUUUCACUAACUGUGCUUUUUCUCUUCUGUCUGAUCUCAGAUUUUCUGGUUUUGUUUGAUUAAAUGUUAAUUUAGGAUCCAACUAAUACUUGAACAUGAUUCAACUGGGCAUUAGUUGAGUGUGUCACCUGGGUGAGAUUUUUUUUCUAGUGAACUAAAAGCAUCCAGAAUAGAAAAUAGGGAAAUUCUACUGGCGUUGCAGCUUCUUAGAGCGCAUAAGUUGCAUCUGAAGGUGAGAAGAAAUUUGUUACCCAUUUGCUUUAUAUUUUUCAAUUCCACACUUGCUUUUAAAAGUAAAAAGAGCUGAAGGUGCUUUUCCUUAGAGCUUUACUUUCUACAUCCUUGGUUUGUCUUUGUUAUUACAACUUAAUAGAUCUAUUCAAUUUGUAUUCAUCCUUGGUAAACACUGUUUUGUUCAGAUGGAAAUAAAAAAUACAUUUCAGAGAUUUAAUGUGAUAUUUUCAUGACAUUGAGCCUAAUAGUUUGGUUAGGAAUUUUAUUAAAUUAGUAGUUGUACAGCUUUGACUUGGUGUUUAAGAAGCUAACAUUGGAUUUUAGUUACAGGUCAACUGUUUCUUUAAAUCUGUAAAAUGGAAAUUUAAUUUAAAAUGACUUUUUAGUUAAGAAAGAACAUCAUAAACAAUAUGAUAUAAAUCUGGUUAGAUUUACACCCUGCUUUCUGAUUGCAAUACAGAUUGAAGCUAAUUAUGUAGCUAGUACUGAAGAAAUCUGCUUUAUCAGACUGUUGUACAGUGUAUUCACACUCUUUAAUAAUAGUGUGUGUGCUAGCCAAUAUUUUCUGAAACGCUUGCAGGCUCCUUUUGGAUACCCUUUAUGUGGUAACUAGGAUGUCAAAAAAAAAGAAGAAAAAAGAAAAGAAAAGGUAAGACUCAAAAAGGUAGAUGGAAAAUUAUGGCAAGUAGGGGAAAAAGAAGAGUGUGAGUGAGCGUUAUUGAGCAAAAGACGACUUUUUUACCAAAACAGGGAACCAGAGUAAAAUCAGUAAAUAGUUGGCAUUAAUUUAAUGCACUUAUUUAAGAAGUUCAGGCAUCUUUUCAGGUUUUUUUUCUCUUAGUCAUAGAACAAUUCCCCAAGUGUUAAAGUUGUUUUGGAAUUAAAUAUAUUGGAAGAACUUCUUCAAUUGUAUAUAUCUUGAUAUGAUGAUAAAGAGUGACAUUAUAGCUGUGAUGGUCCAGAAGUUAUAUGAGGCAAGGAUUUCUUAGGGUGGUAUCUUUUAUUGGACAGCUAUGUAACUGGGAUAGCUUUAACUUUAACUCUAUCUCAGCUACAUAGUUGGUCCAGUAAAAGAUACCCGCCUAGGAAGUCCUUGCCUCCUGAAUGUCUUGAUACACUUUCACAAGUGCUUUAAAGUUAUAGUGUACCAAUUACAUGCAGAAUAUUCUAAAAGAUUCGCUUGAGCAUCUUCCUUCCCAUGUGUUAAGAGCAAAUUGAAGUUGGUUCUACAUGCAUACUUUUAAAGGAAGCAUGAUGUCUUAAGUCCAAACUGAUGCAGUUUUUUAAUAAGCUAAUGAGCUUAAACACUUCAGAACUUCUUUAUGUUCCUGAUUGUAUAUUUAGAGCAAAGUACCUUUCAGGCCCAUUGCCUUGUUCGUACCUCCUGCUAUAUAGUGAGCGCCAGUUUGAAGGCAUUUGGCACUUUUCAGGAUUUGGGCCAUUUAAUAUAUAUUUUCCUUUUUUUAAAACACUAAGUAGUUCUAGGUUACUUUAAACAGGAUCCCUUUGUUAAGCUGGAAAGACAGUAAACUCAAGUUACUUUGUAAAUGUGAAAGUUCCUUUUAAAACUAGGUGAGUUCUAAACUUGAACUGUAUAGAGAUUACAGUGGAUUUUCACAAGUAAAAUGUUAUCAUUUUAGUUUUACAUUAACAAUUUUAAAUCUCAUUUUACAGACUUGUGAAAUUAGCUCUUAAAAAUCUGCUUUGACCUUGCUAUUUUUGUGUAGAUAGUUGGUAGAGAUUUCAUUUUACUAAUUUAUAUCUCAGUGUUAAUGAAAUUUUGCAGCAUAUAUAAACUAAUUUGUUGAAGAUGCUUUGAGUAUUUGGUCUCUGAACUCUGUAAUAUUAAAAAUUAAAUGUCAGACAUUUAAUUUUGCUCUUUUCAGUGGUAGCUAGGGAAUUGCAAAGCCUGGACCAUUCUUAGUGCUGAAUGGAUAAGUCUCAAGUUUUAACUUGCAAAACACUAAUGUUACAUUUAGUAACUACCUCCUUUUCUCUUAGAGAGUUAAGUUCUACAGUCUACACUAAUUCUUCUUUAUCUUUGGAAAGGGGUAGAAGAACACUACAGUUUUUGUUUUGCAUCAGUUUUGGUGCCUGAAUAAUGUCCUAAUGGGUUACUGCUCACUGUAUAAAUGAUCUACAGUAGAGAUAUGAUUGCCACAGUACUGUACGUUCCUGGGUUUUUUUCCUUUUUCUAAGUUGCUGCAUUUCAUAUGCUAUUUUCUUCUACAUAAUACCUAAUUCAUUUUAUUCACAAAACAAAAUUCUGUUGUCUAAAAAAGUUUGUGUGCCAUUUUCUAUAGCUAUAACUACAGCAAGUAUGAAAGUUCUGACUCAGGGCUUUUUAACAACUUAAACAUGUUAACAAAUGUUCUCCAGUGCAUCUUGGAGAGUGUUAGAGUUUUAAUGAUUGUAUAGUGCCUUGGUAGAACUAUUGAAUGGGCAGCAGCCAUAGAAUCCUUGUGGAAUGCAAGUAUGCUUGAAUAAAAGUACUGAGUUAAUGCAGCAUACCUCCUGCAUUUGUGCCAUGUACUUAUUACGUACUUGUAUUUCUACAAAGAAAAGUUAGCAGAUUUAGAUUUUGUUAGACUUUCUGCAAAUUGUUUGAUUACUGUACCCAGUAGAGCAAUUAUCAUUGGGACCUGAGAGGUGAGUAGGACAGUAUUCAAAGUCCCACAAAUAGCAUUUGUGAGAGGGUGGAUAGCACAUUCUAUGUAACUAAGUUUUUAGUAUGAAGGGAGAGAUCAUUUUAUAAACAGAUUUCUAGAAAAGUUAGUGUUAUAGGUCUGACCUAGUAAUUUUUUUCUUAAAAAAACCCACAAAAUAAAACAAAAACAAAAUGAAUUAUAAGUCUGCAUGGCAUUUCCUAGUUAAGAAAGUACAAGUCUUACUUUGAGCUUCUAGGAAGAAUGUUCUUUGUCCUAAGCUUAGUUUCAUUAUGAAUGCAGCUGAUUCUGUAGUAGAACAUGGAUUUUUCUGAACCACAGCAAUGUGCUUUCCUUUUGUUUAAAAACAGCUUUGUAUUCAGUAAAAUGUAAGUGUUGAUAUGACUGUUUUAUUGGAUUAAAUUCAAAGUUGUGUGUGUGUGAAUGUAGUUGAUUUUUUUUUUUUCUGUACUGAAAGUAGCUUACAUAAUUGCUUUGAUUUAAAAAUGCUUAGCAAGGCCUAAGUUUUUCAAAACAAAUGCUAAUGUAUCGUCUUAUUAAUAAAACUUAUUAUGUAA